CCUUGCGAAACACUCAUUGACCUGGUGAAGUAUCUGUCUCCCAUUGUUCACCCUCUUCUGAUUCAUUCACCUAUCUCCGACUUGUCAUACGCUGCUGCCUGCCCAUUCCCAAGAUUGCAGCAUAUUACCACAGAGUCUUCUUCUUUCGGCCACUUUUGACUAACGCAAGAAACGCAUCCUCCAAUUGCGACGAGGGCAUACCAAACGAUUACACCUGCGCCUCUUACAUCUAAAAUCGUAUAAGAGUCGCAUUUUUCCACCAAAGCCGUACGCCUCACAAACGAACAAUACAUCGCAUCAAGAAGAGCACGGACUUAGAGCAAGUGUAAUCACCGAGAACGCAUACAGCAGCAUAAGCAUCGAUCUUCGCCACUCCGGAAGCCUCCGGCAGAUCGCAUUGUCUUCUCAAGUUAUAACAACAACGGUGCCGAAUACAGAUCGUGAACUACUGUCCUCAAUGGCCUUUGUAGCGCCACCCGGGAAGGCGAUUGUCGGCGCCGGUCAACAACUGACACCAGAGUCGCCGCUGCAGCACGACUUCGACGAGCGGCAUGAAAAGGCCGCGACUACGCUGCCGGCUAUUGUGUCUGACACGUCAGCAGUGGCGCCUAAUACCCAAGUCCUCCAUGACUUCAAGCAACUCACGCUCGAGCCUCAUCUGGACUACCAGCUGUUCUCCAAUCAGUCACCCGAUGACUCACAGUCGUUCUACGGCCCGCUGCUGCCGUCGACCGAAGAGUUCCAGCCGUUCAGCGUGCCACUCACCACCUUACGGAUUGAUAGCAAGGAAGAUUGCCAGAGGUACAUUCAAGGUGUGCAGAGGGGCAAUCAACGCGAUUUCGGCAACCACAGGCAACAGAUGAUUGCAAGGUUUCGCCCUUUGCCGGCGCCGUCCAAAACAGCCGAACGUCGCGAGCCCAUGGAUGUCUUUAUGCUCAACCGCUUCACGCCAAAUAAGGCAGCAGCGCCGCGACGGAGCCGUCAGGUCGACGUCGAGCAAACGCCAUGCGAUGUUGUAGCUGUAUCACCAGCGCCAUCGGCGUCACCCGACAUUCGCAUUACUUCAUCAACACCCUCAACGAAGGGUGAUCGCGCCGUAAGGACGCAUAAGCGCAAGAGAUCUGCCGACACGGACAAUUUGGAAGACGACAAGAAGCACAAGCAUCAACGUCACGCUCCCUCAAAGACGGUCGCAGACGGGAAGGCGGACGAGCAGUGGCGUGAGAUUAAAGACUAUUGCGAGCAUCUACCGUCGCUCGGCGACAAUCGAAAUGCGCUCAAGGUCACCUGGAGGCACACGUCGGAAGAGACGGACAAAACAGACAAGGAGAUGUCCGCCAAGCCCGACUGGAAGGAGCUCGCGCCUGCCGAACAAAAGGUGUGCAACGUCCUUCGCCUCGAGCCGCAGAAGUACCUGGCCAACAAACGUCGCAUCUUCGCCGCAUACGUCAAGUUCUUGAAGGAGCGGGUGCCUGGAAAGGACUUCACGAGGACGGCGGCUCAGCAGGCUUGCAAGUGCGAUGUCGGAAAGGCUUCGCAGCUGCACCAAGCUUUCACUGAGGCCAACUGGUUCGACGAGCAGUACUUCCAGGCCUAUCUCUAGAGAGCAUCUUCACGCCAUAAUAAGCAGCAUCGCGAAGCAUUGAGCGAACAAGCAACAUCGCGCAUCACAACAUCGGUUUAAAUUGGGACAGAGCGUUUCUUUUGUAUUAGCAGGGCGUUUUUUGGGCAUGGAUAUGUGACAGACGAUAUUGGACGGCUCCGCUCCUCCACAGCUCUUACCACGAUACCCAUGAUCUCGACCACACGAUCACUUGGAGCGUUAUGCAUGGGAAGGUUGGCUCUCGUCCACUGAUCAGGAUUGGCGCGUUGAUCGCUCACGAUACCCUGAAUGCGCGUCUGUAGACAGACUGUAAUGCUUUAAUGGUUGUACGCUACAUAGUACGGUAAUUACCUUGGAGAUCUUCGCUCCCGCCUUU